AUGCUGCAGCUGAAGUCCACCAGUGAACGCACUUGUCCUUCACGCCGACUCGGAAUCACCUGCUCCGGUGCUUCCGCCUUACUAGCAAAACUCCAGUACUUUGAAAAACCAGACGACUUUGUCACCACUUCCUCCUCUCUCGAUUGGGGCAACGAUAUCCCAAAAGAACCGACACAUACCUGUGACUACAAGCCCCACAGAGAGGUCGACACUCAGGUCUCAAACCUUCCUGAUGACGAGGAACCAGCCCAGCCCUACGCUCGAGUUUUCUUCACUAGAGUUUGCUCGACCACUCUCGUCAGGCCCAAUCACGAGCAAGUGUGGAAGGAGGUGAGCCAAGGGUUGUAUAAUCUUAACCUGAUAGUUUGUGGUUUUAUAGCGUGUCUAGGGGUGAAUCUGAUGGACUACUGGUCUUCUAUUGCGGGAGCUUGCGCGUUAGCCCUGUUCUUGGACGCCGUUUUCAAGAGCGAUGUGCGGGCGAUCUCCAGGGGGUUACCGGAUCAUGUAUGA